ACGUCAUCACGAUCUGACCGCUGGCGAAGAGCAUCCCGGCAAGGGGAAGGGCGUUGGCCAGCGUCAGGUAGAACACCUCAUAGGUUUUUCUGGAGAUGGCAUCCGGGAAGACAUCUAUACAGUCUUCCCCGCUCUCGUUGGUCGCCUCCACGCUCACAAAGAAAAAAUGCGGCACGCUAAAAGCCAAAGCUGUGAGCCAGCUGCCGACCAGCAAGGCCAUCACCAGGCCCACGUUGUCCAUCUUCACGGGGGCGCCGCCCCGUUUCAGGGAGCCCACCAGCUUCUGGUGCCAGAAAGCGCUAAUGAAGAAGGUGGUGAAGAUGCUGCUGGUCUCCGACAGGUCCGCGCAGAAGCGGAAGACGCCGCAGUAGGCCUCGCCUAGGAACCAGCGACCAGAAAAGUCGGCGAUGGUGUCGGGAAGGUCCACCAGGUAGUUGGUGAUGAGGUUGGACACUGCCAAGUUGAUGAACAAAAGAUCGUUGGUGCAGAUGGCCGACCUCUUGGAAGGGAUGGAGCUGAUGGCCAACCAGUUGUUCCCGAUGAUCCCCGCCAGAAACAUGAGUGCUCGGAUAAUAGAUUCAACCAACUCCUCCGUGUCCAUGCUUUCCACACAGCUGAAUGUGUCGGAAGGAUAGAUUGAUAAUGAAUCCGACUUUUGGACUUUUAUAGACGAGCAGGAGACACCUUUGCACCAAUCAGCUUGUUGUGAACACACCCUAAGGUAGCUUUGACCUGAGGGAGAAUCAUCUUGUGAUGACAAAUCUAAACAGGUCACAGCAGAGCUGGAACACAAUCAAAAACGCUGAUUGACAUUUACAACCUAAAUUCAAAGUCCUUAUCUUUACAUCGUGGCCCAAGUCAUGUUUAUUUCUUAAUGUGUCAAAAAAGUAAACAAUAUAAAAAACUCCGAAAAGGCAUCACUGCAAUCCAUUUUAUGCAUCAUUUUGCUUUCAACUUUUUUGCCGUGAAUUAUGUCAACCCAAACACAAUUUCGUCCUGAGGUGGAGUUAUAUAUAAAAACACUGAUUUCUUUCCCCCCAGUCAAUAAAAAGAACACAUCGGAGGCUUGAAGAGCAGUGUUGCGUGGUAAACUUUCACGUCACCCGCGAGUGAAAGCUCCACCUUCGGGCUGAGCCGGAGGCGACGUGCCCGCUCCGCUGGAGGCAUGAAUCCGGAGGGAGCGAGCGUGCGCACAGGCAGUCGCCUUUCUCUCAUCCUCCGCUUUUCACGACCUGCUUUUUUCUCCCUUGCUCAUUCCGACCGGAACGCGUUUAAACAUGUCUGUAUUGUUGUUUGAGGGACUUUAUCCACACGCCGGCCGGUCUGAGACUUGAGAAGACGGAGGAUGGAGCGGACGCAUAGGAUUGCCGGCAGCGGCGGCGGCGGCGACUCGCUCCGAGCGUCCGCCUUCAUCCCGGUGUGCACGGCCGCCUGCCUCCUGGUGGGCUCCACCUCACUCUUCUUCGUCUUCACAUGCCCGUGGCUAGCAGUGACCUUCUGCCCUGCCGUGCCGCCGUGCUGCGCCGUCCUUUUCCUUUUCGUGCUAGCCAACUUCACCAUGGCGACAUUCAUGGACGCCGGCGUUCUUCCGAUGGCCAAUGAGGAUGAAGAUAAGGAUGACGAGUUCCGGGCGCCUCUUUACAAGAACGUGGACGUGAGGGGUAUCCAGGUGCGGAUGAAGUGGUGCGCGUCCUGUCACUUCUACAGGCCGCCGCGAUGCUCGCAUUGCAGCGUGUGCGAUCGCUGCGUGGAGGAUUUUGACCACCACUGUCCGUGGGUGAACAACUGCAUCGGGAGGCGCAACUACCGCUACUUCUUCCUCUUCCUGUUGUCCCUCACCGGUCACAUGGUUUGCGUGUUCAGCCUGGGCCUGGUCUUUGUGCUGCACCACACGGACCAGCUGUGGAAGCUGCACUGCACUGUCACUUUGGUCGUGAUCAGCAUAUCGGGCCUGUUUCUUCUCCCUGUUCUGGGCCUGACGGGCUUCCAUCUAUUCCUGGUGUCACGGGGACGCACCACCAAUGAACAAGUCAGCCCUUAUUGUUAUGUCACCGGGAAGUUUCAUGGAGGACCAAAUCCGUUCACGCGAGGUUGCUGUAACAAUUUGGAGUACCUGGUGUGCAGUCCCAUCUCUCCAAGGUACUCAGCCAGGCCUCGCAAAAAGUCUGUGAUUCACAUUCAGCCUCCCUUCCUGAGACCAGAGCUCGACAGGCAGCUGUCCGUCAAAGUGAGCGACAACGGCAAACACAGCCGAGCCUCCGCCGGACCGGAAACACAGAAAAGUCCGCCCCCUUUGCCGCCUAAACCAGAACACGGGUUGCUGAAAAGUCACCUCGCCGUCAUGGAAGAGAUGGUCCUGCACACCAAAGCCAUCAUCCCCGUCUCCAUUCCCACUGUGCCUCAGCUGCGACCAGUCCUGGAGGCCAUUUCCCGAGGAUCGUCGCCCAUUCCUCCGGAGCAGCUACUGAAGAUCUCAGAGGCUCCGGGAGACAGCAAAGGUCCUGACCUCCGCUUGAACACCAACGGAAGCCCUUCCAGGGGAGCUUUGCCCCCUUCCUUGCCCCCCUUGCAGGCUGCCACCCUCUCUGGGGCCAUGACGCUCAGUUCGCGCUCACUCAGCCUCAAACAGGGCGGCCGGCACGCGAGCGCCAAGUCGCAGGCUAAUCAUAACGCUGGCACAGCGGGCGGCUCCUAUGACAACCUCAUCGCGACUGUGGACCCCCAGUGUCGCCCCCACAGAGGGCCCCCCGCGGUGGGCUACUUUAUGAGCCUGGGUGCCGACGUCGGGGCAGUGCAGCGCGGCCCUCACUCGUAUAGUCCAGUCUUUGUGGGUGUGGCCCAACUUUCCCCUCAACCCAGAGAACCGUCGCCUUCUCAGCACGGUCUCUCAUCCAGAGACCCCUCCCCUUCAUUCCCGGGGUUCAUCCAAAGAGAGCCUUCGCCAGCUUUCCAGGGCCUCAUCUCCAGGGAUCUCAGCCCGGCGAGUCUGCCCCUGAAAACCCAAAGUCUCCGAGACAGCCUCAGGGACGGGACUGUCACCGCCCCUGCCAUGUCGUCCCGAAUCGAUGGCCUCUCUAAGGCACUCAUGGCGUCCAUUCAUGAAAGGCGUGAGAUGGAGGAGAGAGAGCGGAUGCUGCGCCUGCAAGUCCGAUCCCAAGCUUUGUACGGACCGGAUGCCGGCGUCUACGACAUCCCCUGCCGGCGGAGUCUACCGCUGGAUCCCGGGCAGCCUCAGAGCGCCCGGGGACCCACCCCACCGGUAUACGGCUCCCGGGAGUUCCUGAUGAGCCCGGGGCAUCCUGGGUACGGCCCCAGGACGUCGCCCCGCUCCGCAUCGUCUACAUCAUCGCUCGCCCGAGGACCCAAACCGCGCUCCUCAGCUGGGUACCCGCCCUCCGAAAGACCGCCCGCCCCUCCCUCCACAUGCACUCUGCCCCGUUUACCCACCUCCUCCACGCCUCCUUACGCACUCUACGGGACGGCCAAACGCUCCUCGCUCACCACCUCCACUCAGGGGAAGGACUCGUGAGUAAAACUGCUUCUAAUGUUGUCAAGGAAUAAUCCGUGCAGUGUUUGUGAGUGAAGAAAAUAUAUCAUCAUUUGUCAGUGUUAGAUUAGGGCUCUUAAUAAUUAGGUUGGGGAAUUGAGCUAGGCCGUUCUGUCACUGUGACCUUUCCUCCUGGCUGGGCAUCUUCUUAUCUAUGACAUCCUUAAGGCCGUAGAGCCACAUACAGUCUGCUCCCUUGUGGGUGGGAGGCCAAGAGUAUAAGAAUCCUGGAGGUGGGGGUCGACCUUUUAUUGGAGUCUCGCAGAAAAAGGCUCCACGGCCGUGUCUCGAUCUUUCUGGUAUCCCGCUGGAACUGAGAAUAUGGAGUCUCUUGGUAGUUAAUGAGCAUUGAAGGAACUUAACUCAGAACUUUGAUGGUAAAAAGAUGAAUUGCUGGGCCAAAAAAAAACAAAAAACAUUACUGCGCGAGUCUCUAAUACAGAGAGAAUACAAUCUUUUUUUUAUGUGUUUUGAUAUUGCCUUUUUGUUGUCUCCCAAUUCAUAGAAUUUGAUAGUUGUUUAUAUGAAUAAUAAAAAUUAUGCAACUCUCA